AUGCAUAGGAGGGACAAGCUUUGGUUUUACCUCGAACAAUACGUCCAUAAUGUCCCGGCUCCCAGACUGUACGCAGUGUACCAUGAUGCUAAGCAACUCUUCCUGGUUAUGCAACGCGCUCCAGGUGUGCGACUGAGCUCAAUUUGGCCGUCAUUGACUGAGUCUGACAAAGAUGACAUUGUCGCCAAACUCCGCAAGGCAGUUGAUACUUUGCGACAGGCCAAGACUCCAUGGCCCGAUGACUUUUAUGGAAGCUUGGAUGGUGGGGGUGUACACCAUUAUUUAUUCUAUCUGCCGGACUUCAAAGCUCGCUUCUAUGAAAUCUCCCGCCCUCGUAUACUUCAAGGUCACCGGCCAACAUUGACACACGGGGACAUUCAGCCAAAGAACAUUGUGGUCGCGGAGAGAGGCCGCAAUUCUUGGGGAGAGCGAUCCUUCGACAUCACGCUUGUGGAUUGGGAAGCUGCUGGCUGGUAUUCUGACUUCUGGGAAUACUUCAGUGCGUUUUCGACGCCCGCGUUUCUCGACUGGACGGAUGACUGGCGCUGGCGAAUUCAUGAGUCUCUUCAAAUAUGGCCGGCCGAAAUGGGAAUAAUGCGCAUGAUGGAUAAAGAUUGGCUAUAA